AUGACUCAUAUCUACUCCUUAUACCACCACGAAUACGAUUACCUGUUCAAGAUCGUGGUGAUUGGAGAUUCCGGCGUCGGAAAAUCAAAUAUACUUUCCAGAUUCACUCGAAAUGAAUUCUUCUUGGAAUCUAAAUCCACAAUCGGCGUUGAAUUCGCGACGAGAACUCUAGAGGUUGAAGGAAAGACAGUAAAGGCCCAAAUAUGGGACACGGCCGGUCAAGAAAGGUACAGGGCAAUCACGAGUGCAUAUUAUAGAGGUGCGGUUGGGGCGUUGUUGGUGUACGACAUAACGAAGAGACAAACGUUCGAGAAUGUUGAGAGAUGGUUGAGGGAGUUAAGGGAUCAUUCGGAUUCCAACAUUGUGAUAAUGAUGGUCGGAAACAAAGCAGAUUUAAAUCAUCUUAGGUCAGUUUCAGAUCAAGAAGGACAGUCGUUGGCCGAGAAACAAGAGUUGUCGUUUAUGGAGACAUCGGCUUUGGAAGGUAUUAAUGUCGACAAGGCAUUUCAGACAAUCAUGCUUCAUAUUUAUCAGAUUAUAACCAAAAAAGCAUUGGCUGCUCAGGAAGCAAUUCAUGGUCUUCCUGGUCAAGGUACUUCCAUUAAUGUUGGUGAUUAUUCUACUACCAAUGUAAAGAAGACAACUUGUUGUUCCAACUGA